AUGUCAAGAAGCGAUUUGCUUGUCGUGUUUGGGUUCGUUUAUCUGAUAUUUUCGAAAGAAAAAGUUCUCAGACAUGUACUGAAAAAGGUUACAGGGAACGAAGGAGAGAAAAAAUUCCCUCUUGAGUCGUCACUGCAACAGGAGCUGCACAAGAAGAGGUAUUUGGUAGUGUUGCGCGACGUCCGGACGCCUGAUAUUUGGGAGAUUAUCAAGCAUGCUUUUCCAAAUUCAUCAAAUGGUAGCCGAAUUAUUUUCAGUUUUCAAGAAGCUGAUGCAGCGCGGUACCCAGAAGUAAGAUUCUUUGGAAGAGAACUUUUAAGGCUCAAAUGGGAAGAUACUGAAUUUGCAUCAACUCAAAGCGAGAAGAGUGGGGGCGAUGAUAUUGAUAACAAGAUAGAGAUCGAUUGGGAGCUCGACACGCGCCUGGGUGGAGCUUUCAAAUAUUUGGACAAGGACGAUGGCAAUGAUAUUGUUGGGCUAAAGGAUAAACUAAAUAAAUUAGGUCAGUUAACUCUUAAAACGAGUGAAAAUCAUUUUUUGAUCUCAGUUGUGGGUUUAGCAGGCUCCGGCAAGACUACUCUAGUGAAAACAUUUUUCGAUAAUUCAUUUGUAAAGCAACAGUUUGAAAGCCGUGCUUGGGUUGAUCUUCACGCUUUCCAAGAUUUGGGGAUGAGAAAUGUCUUCAUGGAGAUAUUAAAACAGGUUUCACAAGUUAAGGAAGAAGACGAAUCGACUGAUCUUGAAAAUUUGGGAACUAAGCUUAAUCAAAAGUUAAAUGGGAAGAGGUUUCUGAUAGUGUUGGAUAAUGUCUAUGCGCUCAAUGUUUGGUACAAUCUUGAAACGAUCGUUUCAAAAAAUACAAACACUGGUUCCAGGGUGAUUCUUAUUACCCGUGACGCUUAUCUUGCUCGCUGCUUCGGUCUAUCGGUUGCUCUUCUCAAGCUCGAUCUGCUAAAAGAAGACGACGGUUGGAAGUUGUUCUUGAAGAAGGCGAAACAGGAUAAAAGCAGUGAAGAAGACCUGGAAAAGUUUAUCAGGAAACCAUUGUGGAAAAAAUGUUGUGGUUUGCCUCUUGCAAUAUGCGUGCUGGGUGGAGUGUUGUAUAGUAAAAAGUUGAACAAUAUUUCUGAAUGGCCACAAGAGAUUGAUAAAAUCAUGCCAGCAGGAGAGGAAAAGGGAGACCUUAAACUGCAGGAUAUGAAUGCAGAUCACUCUAUAUCUGAAGAUGUGUUAUCUUCCUUGGGUAAAUUGGAUACUUCACAAAUUUGGGCUCUGGGCUACAAGGAUCUGUCUCCUCAUUUAAAGGCAUGUCUCCAUUAUUUAAGUCUCUUUCCCAAAUCAUAUGAGAUUCCUGUAAGAAGGAUUCUUCAGUUAUGGGUCGCUGAAGGAUUGGUGAAAAAAAGUAGUACAGAUGGAGAACAAACGGCCCCUGAAGAUGAGGUAAAAAAAUAUUUUGGAGAACUGGAGGCUAGGAGCAUGAUUGAAGUAGCGAAACGGAGAUUAGAUGGAACGGCUAAAACUUGUCGAAUACCAAUUACAUUGCGUGACGCCUUCUGUCCUGAUGCUGAAGAGAAGGGACUUUUUCACAUCCAUAGAAAAUCGGAUUCUGCAUCUACUUCAAAAAACUUGAAUAUCCGCCGGCUAGCCGAGCAUUUUGACAUAAAAAACAACCCUCCUCCGAGUAAGGACAUUGAAUAUCUACGGUCUUUUAUAUCUUUCAAAACCAGAAAGAGUGAUAAACCUGCAAAAGAAGUAAGCGAGUUUUUGAACAAGACGAUAUCGAAGAGAUUAGGGUUUGGAUUGCUGAGAGUGCUUGAUCUUGAAGGUGUAUACAAACCAGUUCUUCCUGAACUUGGGAAGCUUCCUCUUCUAACUUAUGUGGGUCUCAGAUGGACAUUUCUGGACGGAAUUCCUGAUUCAGUUGGUGAGCUUUCCGACCUCGAGACGUUAGAUGUGAAGCACACGAACAUCACCACAUUGCCAAUGUCCAUCUGGAAGACGAAGAAACUUCGGCAUCUCUACAUGAACGAAAUUCAUUUUGAAUUUCCGGAAAAAAUAUCGUCAGGAGUUUCUUUACCUGACAACGUUCAGACCAUAUGGGGCCUUUUAAUUGGAUUUAAGAAGCCUCCAGGAUACUGGUUGGAUAGCUUGAAGAGUCUUAAGAAAUUGGGAUUGACAUGCCAUUCAAAAUCAAUUGAAGCUAUAUCUAUCUGGAUCUGUAGCCUCACCGAUCUUCAAACGCUGAGGUUGAGAUCCGUAAAUGAUUAUAGUGAACCUUCAAAUCUCAAGUUGGGUUCCAUUAAGAAGCUCCUUCACCUCACAGAAUUGUAUUUACUUGGAUAGUUUUCAUGUGUGAUUAAAGAAAUCAAACUUCCUCUAUCUCUCAAGAUCCUAACCUUGUCAGUGUCAAAUCUAAAAGAUGACCCAAUGCCAGAAUUAGGUAAGCUUAAGAACCUUAACAUCCUGAGGCUUUUAGCUCAUUCCUACACAGGGAAGAAUAUGAUUUGUAAAGGGGAAAAUUUUCCUAAACUUCGAGUCUUGAAGAUAUGGGUGCUUAUGAAGCUGGAGGAGUGGACAAUUGAGAAAGGAGCCAUGCCUGUGCUAAGUGAAUUAGAGAUCAGAUAUUGUCCGAAACUGGAGAAGACCGAAGGCCUGGAGAACUUGAGCACAUUGAAGGAGUUGAAGUUAACGAAUAUGAAAAAGGAAUUUGUUUCUAAAGUCAAAGAAAUCAUCAGCGAGCAGCAGCACAUAAUUAAUGAACAGAAUUUGGAAACACAUCCUCCAUGGGAUUGAAAAACUCUUGGAGGCAAGGGGUCUAGAGUGGACGAUGCGCAAUCUAGUGUAAGAUCAUAUUGGUGUUGAUAUGCUUUUAAAAUUAUGGAAAAUUGUUUGCGAUAUUUUUAUUUGAAGUUAUUUACACAGUGAUUUGCU